UAGAUGAGAUAUUAUUGGUAAACAAGCUUUGACAUCAUGCCAGAGGCUUAGUGAGGUUUAACCCACGUGACCCCGCCUGUGUCAAGUCAUUCACUUCCACACGUACAAGCCCAUUCAUGGUCAUCCCAUCUCAGGACAGACACCAGACACAGGUACUCUUUGAAGGCGGCAAAUGAACACACUGGAAGAUGUCCCAUUUGAAACCCCGCUGGGCUCAUUGGGGCAGGAAGUUUAUGUGAUGAUACCUCCAGACAUAUCUGUGCCCGACUGUCCUCGGAUACUACAGGAAACGCAGUAUGGUUUCAACCUGGAGAAGCUCAUACUAACCAGCCAGCAGCCAGUCUACGAAGCACCAUCCUGCCCCCCAUACUGGUUGAUGUUCAGCAGCCCUCAUGAGUGCCGCAGGGCCCCUUGCCGGACCGGUGAUCCUCGGUGUUCCAAAUCUCGGACCCGCAGUCACAGCUUGAACGCUGCGGAUGUUCACUGGUUGCACCAUCGCACUCUGAACUUCCUCAGAUCUGAUUCAGAUGAAGAAGAUGGCUACUGUGAAGAUAAUGAAGGCUCCUCGCCUGAAGAUGCUCCUCAAGAGUUUACAAAGAGUCAAGAGCGGCCCCGCAGCGCCGCACUCGCCAGGGUAAAAGACAUGCACCUUGGCAUUCCCACGAUGCACUGCAGGCCAGAAGCGUCACCAAAGAGCUUCAGAGGCACAUCUCCAGAUUGUAGCCCACCACAGACUGGACCCCUCUCUCCGGGACAGAAGAGCACUAAGAAGAGGCAGCGUGCUCAUAGUGCUGUGGGGAGACUACACCCCCAAAUCCAAGCCCCCGCUGGCUCCACUGCCUCGAGGUUGCAGCAGCAACGACCCUCGUCUGCAGGGCCUGUCAUCAAAAAUCGUAGGCAAAAUGCUUUGAGGACUGGAGGAGCUUUUCUUGACUCGGCAACAGAGCUACUGUCAGCUCUCAGCCAAGAGGAGAGGGAGUUGCUGGAAGCUGUCACUGACAAAGGUUACCCUUUACGUACUGCUAUCUUGGCUCUGCAGAAGACUGGAUACAACAGCCCAGACAAGCUGUUGAAGUACCUGGUAGCCUGCAAUCAUCUCUGCGAGCUGGGUUAUGAUGAAGCACAAGUAGAGGAGGCAUUGGAGAUGUUCCAGAACUGCGAAAGCAAAGCUGCUGAGUUUCUGCGCCUCCUGACUCAGUUUAAUGAGAUGGGCUUCCAGCAAAGUGCCAUCAAAGAAGUGCUGCUUGUUCAUGAAAAUCAUCGGGAAAAGGCUCUUGAAGAACUGAUGACACGCAUGACUUGAAUGUGUAGAGGAAUAUUCUCAUAUCAAAAGAUGACGGUAACACGACAUAUUUGAAAAAAUUAAAUGAACAUACGUAUGACGUUUUGUUCAGAUAUUUAUUUACAGCUCGACUUAAAAAGCAGGGUGUUUGAAGAGAAGCAUUUGGGGGAAAAAAAUUGUAGUGACAAAUUACAUUUCAAUAAGAAUGUUGACAACAUUGAAAUGGAAAAAAAAGCAAAUAUAUGUAUAUACAGUCUAAUAAAAUACAGACGUGUGACUGAGAAGUGACUCUAUAAUAAGUGUUGGUAGUCAAAAUGUUCAUGGAGUCAAUGAUUUACAUUUUUGGAAGAAAAUGUAAACUAAGCAACCACUUAGCUGGACUUGGGUCACUGAUGAGUGACGGUGGAGUUGAGCAAUCCCGGCUUCACUGUGGAUUUAGAAGCCUUUGUGAGAUCCCUCUGCAAGAGCAGAACAAAAAGAAUGUCAGUUAAAGGCAGUUCAAUUCACCAAUGGCUUGUUCAUACAAUAUAUACCAACAUGACAUAUGCUGAAGAAUUUGGUGGAAAUUAUGUGAUGGUUUAUUUCAUUUGAACAUGCAUCAAUUACAAUUGAAUGCAUCACAUAAUCAGUUCACAGUUCCACAUGUCCAAAAGGAGUAGGAAGAAGCAAAGCUCAUUAAAUCCUACCCCACCAUCUGGUACUUUUACAACCAGUGUUACAUUUGUUCACUUCCUGCUUUCCUAUUAGUUUUUUUUAUUGAAUUUGGAUUGAGUAGGAUUAAAAUUGAUGUAAUGGAAGCACCCACAAAAACAACCAAAAAUGUGUGCCAAUGAACCAGUCUCCUAUAGUUGCUACAAGUAACUUGUGUGUAGGGUUCAGGUGCAUGAAAUAAUCAAAUGUGUUUUGGUCAUUGUGAAAACUGUAUUUACCGCAAAUUCUAAAUAGGAGCCAGCGACAGCGUUAAAGGUGAAGGUGUGAUCUUGAGUAUCCAGACACCUGAGUGUGUCACUUGGAGUGUUCCUGUUCAGGUGGGACACAUUUCCCUUGUUUCCCUCCUGUGCAUGUGGAAUCUUCGGGUGUCCGGGGGUUCGCAAGCCAAGACCCUACAAGUAUUUUUCCAUUGCAUUUAGCAUCUAAAAGACUAAAUUGAACGUGUGUCCUAUCUAGUAUUAAAGGAUCCCUGUGGGGUGUUUUGUACCUUGCUGGCAGACAGUGGAGGUUUGUGGACUGAGGACUGACACAUGGUACCUCCGAGGCCUGAACUGAUGAAGGUGCUUGGUGUGGAGACUAGGCCCAUCUGCAAAAAGAGUGAGUACUUAUUUUCAUUUCCUUUUUUCCACCAACAUACUUUCUAAGAAAGUUCCGUUUAAGUGACCUUUCUUAGUUUGCCUCGUGUAGGGGUUCCAGCAAUCCUCCUUUUGGACGGUGUCCUCACUGCAGUCCCGUACAACAUGUCCUCCUGAGUCUGUUUACUCUUCUUCAGUUGCUAUUUCAACAUAAAACCUUACUAACAGCACUGAUUACAGAUGACUUCAUUUAAGCCUCAACAUACCCUUUCCAUUUUCUCUUUCUCCCUCUCAAUGUGGUGCUGCUCCCACUGCUGCUGCACAUAGUCUAGAAAUUUCUGUCCAUCCACAAAGAACUCUUGGCCACGCUCCUGCUCCCAAGCAUCUAUUUGGCCCUUCAGAGCCUUUUCAAGCUGGAGACAGAAAUCAAAACAUGAAGCUGACAUAACAGUUAUAAAACCCUUGCUCAAAAGGACAUGAGUGAAGUUCUAAUAGCUCCAUCUACUGGACGAAUGUGACAAUGCACCACAAACUGAGUACCUUGGGCAAACUCUUCUGCAGGUCACUUCUCUGCUUGGCUUCUUUCAGAAGGUUCCCGCCUCGAUUGUUGAACCUUGAGGGGUCGUUAGCUUUCCUCUGAGAGGAGACACAUUGCAACCGAUCACACACACACAAAUUACCACAAAGAUUUGCGUUUCUAACUGCGCCAAGUACUUACAUCCAGCUCCAAAUACAAGGCCCAAUUCUCCUGCCAUUUUGUCACACCGUCAAAAAGCUCCUUGUGGUCCUCAAAAUAACGCUUCAGAGUUUCCACUUCUGCCUCAUGCAGGUUGAGAAGAUCCUCUGUGAAAUUCUCUGUAUAAAGAACAAAAACCAUACAUCCAGAAAUGGCGCCUCUAGUGAUGUGUGGGUUGGGAAUGACAAUGCAAAAGGUGCUGAGCAGAAAAGGUAGGUAGCUUGGUCGCUCCGUGGAAAAUAGACCAAUAGAAGGGCACAAUUAUUAAAUUGUGCGGUUGCUUGAGUGUUGCGCCCAGUGAGUGUGUGUGUAUAUAUUGUGUGCGUACCAUCGUGAUAAUGAACAAAACCCUGUCGCUGUUCUUGGCUGUAGAAGCAUCGUGUCCAGUAGAGAGCGAUCUCAGCUCUGAUCGACUCAAUCACACUUUUCAUGCUCUGGAUCUUCAGGAGCUCAAGACGCUGAAGUUCAGUCUGGAGCUGGAGGGCAAGAAGAAAGAAAUUAUUGUGUGAUUUUUUUUCAGCAAAAUGUUGAUCUACUCACUGCCUCAAUGUUCCUCUUCUUUGACUUGACCAUAUGCUCGGAGAAGCACUCCCUCUCCUCCUGAGGGAUCUUCAGCCUUUCCCACAGUUCCUGGAUCUUGUUUCGGAGUGCCAUGCCAUGAGACUCGUUCUUCGCCUUGCGCUCUUGCAACUGGUACCAGUCACGGUCAUUAGUUUUAUAAUUUAUACUUCUAAAACGGACAUGAGUAUUGCACCUGUCUGAGGAGUUGUUUAAGUGCUUCGAUGUUGUCCUUUGAGAGACAGAAAGCCUCCUCAUCCUCGCACAUCACAUCCAUCUCAAAACUGGUCUCGGGCUGAUGCUCCAGAUCCUCCAUGCACACCAUGAUCUCCUUUUUUACACUCACAAAUUGGUCAUGACGCUUCUCCUGAGAACAAUAACUCAACAUGAAAUAAACAACAAAAAUAGUUCAUUGUUAAAUAAAAAAAGGGCAACAAUUGAACACACCUUCUCUUUUGUGAGAUCAUCCAGAUACGUGCGAUACGUCUCGAGUUGCUUCAGUGACGGGACCGACUCGUGAUUAAUGCUGAAGGGUUUGGUGCACAUGAUGUCGCAAAGCUCACGGUCUUUCUCAACCAGAUCCUUCAGAUCAUUCAUUCGUUGCUUCCUGUGCGCCUUCAUCACCUUCACACGCAUUUGGCUGUUCUUCUCCAUCUUCAGCAUGCUGCAACCCUCCUCCUCCUUCACACACACGAUCACCAUAUUAGUACAAAAACGUUAAAGUCGCUAAGGAUAAAGCAACAUUUAUAAAAAAAUAUACGGUACCUCAAAGAAGGGCAUCUGAAGUUCACUGCAUAGAUGAUUAAGAUCUUUACGGCAGGUUUCUAUGCUGUUCAGCAACCUCUUUUUGAGCUCCUCUUCCUCAGCUAUCAUCAUGUCCAGCAAACCCUACAGCACAUGGGUAAAAACAAAAAAUAAAUACGUAUAUUGCGGGGAAAUAGAAGUAUCUGUUGGUUGUUGCUUUACUUUGAUAUGCUUGUGUACAUCCUGUGUCCUCUCAAGGCGUUGUUCCUCCGGAAUUCCUAUUUUUUCCCAAAUAUCCUGCAACCGGACCAGAGCUCUGUUGAGGUAGGCAACAGACUCGGCAGCGUGGACUUCGCUGGAAGAUAAGCAGGCAAAACAAAAGCAUUAAGACAGUUUCUAGUUUAAGAGUUUCCGUUUGAGGUGGCUUUAAAAUACCGCUAGCGUACAUGCAAGUUAACAUUAGCUAGCAUUUCACUUGGGCUAAUAGUGACAGGAAGAUUAAUUUUACAAAUAUUAACACGUUAGAGAUAGUUAUAAUAACAUUCUAAAGUGUCAAUUCCAACUCAAGCACAAUAGUAGAUCAAUUCAAGACAAUAUAUUGUAAACUGAAGUCAAAUAACACAAACUCAUUAGGCGAGCUAGCUAACUGUACCCGCGGUGCUAUUUAACAAUAAUGGUUACGCUCAAUAAAGACAAAAUACCAACCUCACUCUCAUGUUGCCAAUAUCCAGUAUUAAAAAAAAGAAAGAAAAAGGUCCUCCCCAAAGGCGAGACGAAAAUUCUGCCUUUAAAAGCACUGUGGUUGCCCCUCUUAGUUUCCGCGUUCGUUUGUCGACACAAAUCGGCUUUUGAAAUUUGCAACGUCAGGACGCCUGGGCUCUUAUUGGCUGAGUGGGGUAACGUCACGCGCAAGGCGUACGUGCGUAGCUCUUGCUCAUUUUUGAAAGCCGCAUGAUUUAUUUAUAUAAACAGUCGUAGCUAAUUGUGUGAAUAAUAAUUCACACAACGCUAUGCUAAUAUGGAGGUACGCAUACCACCAGUAAACUAGGUCCGAUAACUUUUUCCCCAUUGAAAAUGAAUGGGUAAUUUUUUAAAUUUCAAUGUUUUUUUUUUCAAUUUCUCAGCCUAUUCUGACCGCAUCCACGACAGAAUGCUGAAAUCCGGUGUGGGGAUUUUCUUUGAAGAUUCCCUCGGUGCCACUGUAGUGGCUUUUUGAAGUGAACAUCACAGGCGUCUUUUUUACAAUUAUGGCGAAACCUCCUCCAUUUGGUGGAUGGGGUUAGGGUAAGGGUUAAGGCAAAGUCCAAAUGAACAACUCUAUCAGGACAUUUAGCGUUCCUGGUAAUGUGUGCUUACUAGCAUGCUAACAUUGGCAUUUUUAUUUGCUGUUUUUUUUUUUUACUAGUAUUUAAAUAUGAAGAGACUUAGCACUACUAUGCUAGGUAUUGCAUACUAACACUAGUAGCAAUGUUACAAAAUAUUGACAUUUGUAAAAUCAAGUCUGUGAUUAAUUUUAUCAAAUAAAACAUUACUUGAACUUUAAUUUGAUAUACCUCAUUCACAUACAACUUAAAGGGGACCUAUUAUUUUUUUGGCCCUUUGUAUUGAGUUGUGGACUCCUAUAGAGCAGUUACACAUGAUAAACAGCACAGAAAACUCUCUAGAUCUUCCAGAAUCUGCACCUUUUCCAGUUGUAUUUCUUUGGAAAAUGGUUUUAAUUUAUUCCACCCAUGGCCCGCCUCCAAGCAUGCCUACUCACACUUCAGAGUGCUUAGGAGGACAUUCGGUGUUGUGCCGCUAGCUGCGAACCCAACUUUACAGGAGUUGAUAAAUGGUAUAGGAGUUGGUCUUUUUACAAUGUCCACUUGUAACAUACAGCCAUACGUGUUGGAUCCGGAAGUAGAGACUGGACAGUCUGAAGGUUACUUCAAGAUGACUCUCAAUGGUUUGUUGUGGGACUACCAGUGUUCAGGUACCCCCACUGAUUGUGGGAAAUGGCAAUCAGCACCUCCAGAUUCGAAACACUUCCUGUGAGCCAUUGCUGACAGUAUAAACAGAAGCAGAGCUUGGGGAAGGACAGAGAGCAUAUCUGGCCUACAGCGCACGUCCAUUUAAGGAAGCCUGCCUAAGUGUGACAUCACAAACCUCUUUCGAAACGUCUUUAUAGGGUCCACUUGCUACCCUGUUUGCCCUAUGAAGGAAAAGUAAUUUUUAGAAAUCUCAAAUAGUGUAUUUUGUUCAAUUAAAUAAACUUUAUUGAUUUGACAAUGACAACAAAAAAGUACAUAGCUUACUGGGCUUCAAAAAUAAUGAAAUUAUACAAUUCAUGUCACAAUAUUGAUAGUAAUGAUCUAACUGUAAAAAAAAAAGCCCCUCUCAGUGAGAGCAUUGAUGAGAAUAAAAGUUCCUUAGAACUUCCUCACUGAACUGGUACGUCAGCUUCUUUUUCACUUUUUGAAUCUCGCCCGUUUUACCAUAGUUCCUCAGCGCACGAGCAUUUGACAAAUAUUUUCAACACAAAAAUGUGAUUAUUUCAGGCUGCUGAGUUUCUGCGCCUCCUGACUCAGUUUAAUGAGAUGGGCUUCCAGCAAAGUGCCAUCAAAGAAGUGCUGCUUGUUCAUGAAAAUCAUCGGGAAAAGGCUCUUGAAGAACUGAUGACACGCAUGACUUGAAUGUGUAGAGGAAUAUUCUCAUAUCAAAAGAUGACGGUAACACUACAUAUUUGAAAAAAUUAAAUUAACAUAUGACGUUUUGUUCAGAUAUUUUUUUACAGCUCGACUUAAAAAGCAGGGUGUUUGAAGAGAAGCAUUUGGGGGAAAAAAUUGUAGUGACAAAUUACAUUUCAAUAAGAAUGUUGACAACAUUGAAAUGGAAAAAAAAGCAAAUAUAUGUAUAUACAGUCUAAUAAAAUACAGACGUGUGACUGAGAAGUGACUCUAUAAUAUAAAGUGUCGGUAGUCAAAAUGUUCAUGGAGUCAAUGAUUUACAUUUUUGGAAGAAAAUGUAAACUAAGCAACCACUUAGCUGGACUUGGGUCACUGAUGAGUGACGGUGGAGUUGAGCAAUCCCGGCUUCACUGUGGAUUUAGAAGCCUUUGUGAGAUCCCUCUGCAAGAGCAGAACAAAAAGAAUGUCAGUUAAAGGCAGUUCAAUUCACCAAUGGCUUGUUCAUACAAUAUAUACCAACAUGACAUAUGCUGAAGAAUUUGGUGGAAAUUAUGUGAUGGUUUAUUUCAUUUGAACAUGCAUCAAUUACAAUUGAAUGCAUCACAUAAUCAGUUCACAGUUCCACAUGUCCAAAAGGAGUAGGAAGAAGCAAAGCUUAUUAAAUCCUACCCCACCAUCUGGUACUUUUACAACCAGUGUUACAUUUGUUCACUUCCUGCUUUCCUAUUAGUUUUUUUUAUUGAAUUUGGAUUGAGUAGGAUUAAAAUUGAUGUAAUGGAAGCACCCACAAAAACAACCAAAAAUGUGUGCCAAUGAACCAGUCUCCUAUAGUUGCUACAAGUAACUUGUGUGUAGGGUUCAGGUGCAUGAAAUAAUCAAAUGUGUUUUGGUCAUUGUGAAAACUGUAUUUACCGCAAAUUCUAAAUAGGAGCCAGCGACAGCGUUAAAGGUGAAGGUGUGAUCUUGAGUAUCCAGACACCUGAGUGUGUCACUUGGAGUGUUCCUGUUCAGGUGGGACACAUUUCCCUUGUUUCCCUCCUGUGCAUGUGGAAUCUUCGGGUGUCCGGAGGUUCGCAAGCCAAGACCCUACAAGUAUUUUUCCAUUGCAUUUAGCAUCUAAAAGACUAAAUUGAACGUGUGUCCUAUCUAGUAUUAAAGGAUCCCUGUGGGGUGUUUUGUACCAUGCUGGCAGACAGUGGAGGUUUGUGGACUGAGGACUGACUCAUGGUACCUCCGAGGCCUGAACUGAUGAAGGUGCUUGGUGUGGAGACUAGGCCCAUCUGCAAAAAGAGUGAGUACUUAUUUUCAUUUCCUUUUUUCCACCAACAUACUUUCUAAGAAAGUUCCGUUUAAGUGACCUUUCUUAGUUUGCCUCGUGUAGCGGUUCCAGCAAUCCUCCUUUUGGACGGUAUCCUCACUGCAGUCCCGUACAACAUGUCCUCCUGAGUCUGUUUACGCUUCUUCAGUUGCUAUUUCAACAUAAAACCUUACUAACAGCACUGAUUACAGAUGACUUCAUUUAAGCCUCAACAUACCCUUUCCAUUUUCUCUUUCCCCCUCUCAAUGUGGUGCUGCUCCCACUGCUGCUGCACAUAGUCUAGAAAUUUCUGUCCAUCCACAAAGAACUCUUGGCCACGCUCCUGCUCCCAAGCAUCUAUUUGGCCCUUCAGAGCCUUUUCAAGCUGGAGACAGAAAUCAAAACAUGAAGCUGACAUAACAGUUAUAAAACCCUUGCUCAAAAGGACAUGAGUGAAGUUCUAAUAGCUCCAUCUACUGGACGAAUGUGGCAAUGCACCACAAACUGAGUACCUUGGGCAAACUCUUCUGCAGGGCACUUCUCUGCUUGGCUUCUUUCAGAAGGUCCCCGCCUCGAUUGUUGAACCUUGAGGGGUCGUUAGCUUUCCUCUGAGAGGAGACACAUUGCAACCGAUCACACACACACAAAUUACCACAAAGAUUUGCGUUUCUAACUGCGCCAAGUACUUACAUCCAGCUCCAAAUACAAGGCCCAAUUCUCCUGCCAUUUUGUCACACCGUCAAAAAGCUCCUUGUGGUCCUCAAAAUAACGCUUCAGAGUUUCCACUUCUGCCUCAUGCAGGUUGAGAAGAUCCUCUGUGAAAUUCUCUGUAUAAAGAACAAAAACCAUACAUCCAGAAAUGGCGCCUCUAGUGAUGUGUGGGUUGGGAAUGACAAUGCAAAAGGUGCUGAGCAGAAAAGGUAGGUAGCUUGGUCGCUCCGUGGAAAAUAGACCAAUAGAAGGGCACAAUUAUUAAAUUGUGCGGUUGCUUGAGUGUUGCGCCCAGUGAGUGUGUGUGUAUAUAUUGUGUGCGUACCAUCGUGAUAAUGAACAAAACCCUGUCGCUGUUCUUGGCUGUAGAAGCAUCGUGUCCAGUAGAGAGCGAUCUCAGCUCUGAUCGACUCAAUCACACUUUUCAUGCUCUGGAUCUUCAGGAGCUCAAGACGCUGAAGUUCAGUCUGGAGCUGGAGGGCAAGAAGAAAGAAAUUAUUGUGUGAUUUUUUUUCAGCGAAAUGUUGAUCUACUCACUGCCUCAAUGUUCCUCUUCUUUGACUUGACCAUAUGCUCGGAGAAGCACUCCCUCUCCUCCUGAGGGAUCUUCAGCCUUUCCCACAGUUCCUGGAUCUUGUUUCGGAGUGCCAUGCCAUGAGACUCGUUCUUCGCCUUGCGCUCUUGCAACUGGUACCAGUCACGGUCAUUAGUUUUAUAAUUUAUACUUCUAAAACGGACAUGAGUAUUGCACCUGUCUGAGGAGUUGUUUAAGUGCUUCGAUGUUGUCCUUUGAGAGACAGAAAGCCUCCUCAUCCUCGCACAUCACAUCCAUCUCAAAACUGGUCUCGGGCUGAUGCUCCAGAUCCUCCAUGCACACCAUGAUCUCCUUUUUUACACUCACAAAUUGGUCAUGACGCUUCUCCUGAGAACAAUAACUCAACAUGAAAUAAACAACAAAAAUAGUUCAUUGUUAAAUAAAAAAGGGCAACAAUUGAACACACCUUCUCUUUUGUGAGAUCAUCCAGAUACGUGCGAUACGUCUCGAGUUGCUUCAGUGACGGGACCGACUCGUGAUUAAUGCUGAAGGGUUUGGUGCACAUGAUGUCGCAAAGCUCACGGUCUUUCUCAACCAGAUCCUUCAGAUCAUUCAUUCGUUGCUUCCUGUGCGCCUUCAUCACCUUCACACGCAUUUGGCUGUUCUUCUCCAUCUUCAGCAUGCUGCAACCCUCCUCCUCCUUCACACACACGAUCACCAUAUUAGUACAAAAACGUUAAAGUCGCUAAGGAUAAAGCAACAUUUAUAAAAAAAUAUACGGUACCUCAAAGAAGGGCAUCUGAAGUUCACUGCAUAGAUGAUUAAGAUCUUUACGGCAGGUUUCUAUGCUGUUCAGCAACCUCUUUUUGAGCUCCUCUUCCUCAGCUAUCAUCAUGUCCAGCAAACCCUACAGCACAUGGGUAAAAACAAAAAAUAAAUACGUAUAUUGCGGGGAAAUAGAAGUAUCUGUUGGUUGUUGCUUUACUUUGAUAUGCUUGUGUACAGCCUGUGUCCUCACAAGGCGUUGUUCCUCCGGAAUUCCCAUUUUUUCCCAAAUAUCCCGCAACCGGACCAGAGCUCUGUUGAGGUAGGCAACAGACUCGGCAGCGUGGACUUCGCUGAAGAUAAGCAGGCAAAACAAAAGCAUUAAGACAGUUUCUAGUUU